UACCAAAUCCCCCAAACUUCUCUCUCUCUCUCUCUCUCUCUCUAUAUCUCUCCAUUUCUUUCUUUCUUUCUUUCAAGGUACUGUUGAAUGAGCACGGGAGCACUGGAUCUCUGAUGUCGUCGAUCGUCCACGUCAGCAGCAACGGUGAACCCGAGCCGGCUCCGAGGCUGACGUCAUCGGCUUCGUUGAAGGCUCGGACCAGGAAGCCUAGUAAUGCCGCCGCAGCCAGCGGCGGCGGCGGAGGAGGAGGAGGAGUCAUAACCAGAGCCGGCUCCGACGUCGAUGAGAUCAUCACUCUCUUGCACGGCUCCGAUCCCGUCCGCGUUGAACUCAACCGCCUAGAGAAUGAUCUCCGAGAUAAAGAUCGGGAAUUGGGAGAUGCGCUUGCAGAAAUCAAGUCUCUGAAGAAUUCGGAGCGCCUUAAAGAGAAGGCAGUUGAAGAGUUGACAGAUGAGCUAAAUAAAGUGGAUGAAAAACUUAAAGUGACUGAAGCUCUUUUGGAGAGCAAGAACCUUGAGAUCAAGAAGAUAAAUGAUGAGAAAAAAGCUGCUUUGGCUGCACAAUUUGCAGCUGAAGCUACACUUCGAAGGGUCCAUGCUGCACAGAAAGAUGAUGAAAUGCCUCCCAUUGAGGCCAUUAUUACACCGCUGGAGGCAGAGCUUAAACUGGCCAGGCUGGAGGUAGCAAAGUUGCAGGAUGACAAUAGAGCACUUGAUCGGCUUACUAAAUCCAAAGAGGCUGCUCUUCUUGAGGCUGAGAGAACUGUUCAGAUUGCUUUGGCUAAAGCAUCCUUGGUUGAUGAUCUGCAAAACAAAAACCAGGAGCUAAUGAAGCAAAUUGAAAUAUGCCAGGAGGAGAACAAAAUCAUGGACAAAAUGCAUCGGCAGAAGGUUGCAGAGGUUGAAAAGCUAACCCAAACUGUUCGUGAGCUUGAGGAGGCUGUUUUGGCUGGUGGUGCUGCUGCUAAUGCUGUGCGUGAUUAUCAACGAAAAGUGCAAGAAAUGAAUGAGGAGAGAAAAACUUUAGAACGGGAAGUAGCUCGUGCGAAGGUUACUGCAAAUCGUGUUGCCACUGUAGUUGCAAAUGAGUGGAAAGAUGCCAAUGACAAAGUGAUGCCUGUUAAGCAAUGGCUUGAGGAAAGAAAAUUUUUUCAGGGAGAAAUGCAACAGCUUCGUGAUAAACUGGCAGUAGCUGAGCGCACCGCAAAGGCAGAAGCGCAGCUUAAAGAAAAAUACCAAUUGCGAUUCAAGGUUUUGGAGGAAAGGCUUAGAACGUCUAAUGGUAACUCUCGCAUUGCCUCAGAAGGGAGAACCAUAAGCAAUGGAUCUUCAAGGCGUCAAUCUCUUGGUGGAGCAGAGAAUUUCUCAAAGUCAUCCUCCAAUGGGUACCUAUCAAAGAGAACUUCAAAUUCACAAUAUGGGCUUCUCAGAUCAAACAGUGCUAGCACAUUAUUAAAGCAUGGUAAUAUCUCGAAUAGAUCAUUUGAUGGUGGUAGUAGAUCACUGGAUAGAGGUAAGCUGAUACCAGAUGCAAGUGGGAAAGAUAAUGUGCCCACCAAUACCUGUGAUCAUGACCUAAUUAGUGAAACAAAUGGUACUCACAUGGAGAGAGCAAAUGGAACUCCAAUUGGAAACACCAAACCAGAACAUGAAGAUUAUGUUUCUGGAAUGCUGUAUGAUAUGCUACAAAAAGAGGUUGUAUCUCUGAGAAAAGCUUGCAAUGAGAGAGAUCAGACACUCAAGGACAAGGAUGAUGCCAUUGAGAUGUUGGCAAAAAAGGUUGAUACAUUGAACAAAGCAAUGGAAGUUGAAGCUAAAAAGAUGCGAAGAGAAGUUGCUGCUAAGGAAAAGGAAGUUGCUGCUAUACGUGUCAGCAAGGAUCAUGAUCAGAGGAUGCGGCGUAUAAGUACUCCUAGGGGGGCUGUAAAUAGUUCACAUUUGACUUCUGCAAGGAAUGCACGGAACCCAUAGGCAACUGAAAUUGCUGCAGGUCCUAUGUAAUUGACCAGACAAAGGCAUCUCUUUAAUUUAUCCUCUCUCCGGUCUAUAUAAGUAUAUGGUUUUGUCUUGGUUUUUUGUCUUCCCUCUUCAUAUAUUUAAACUGUCUCAGUCAGGUAGUCGAUUUGUAAAGAACUGACUCUAGGUUUUCCAGGAAAUCGUCUUGUCAUGUAUAUUUGCUGUACACUUGUGUACUAAUGUUAUUACCAAAGAUAUAUCAUCAAGUUAAGGGCGCCAUGAAAUCCCUUAAGAUAAAA